CCCCUAAACAAGGCUUCCUCGUAAAGUUUCGAACUAUUUACAAACUGAUCCAGAUUCCAGUCCAGUUCGACUAGUAUCCCUUUCCGUCUGUAAAAUUCCCAAUACCUUCCUCUCUAGGUCUCUCGAUUGCUCUUGCAGGCGAAUUUGGAAGGAUCUGACGGAUAAUGCUAUAAUAACACAAUGGAGUUGGCAGACAAGACAGUUGGUUUACUGUUAACUGUAAUCAGUUUAUCAAUAUUCACAUAUUAUACAUUCUGGGUCAUCAUUCUGCCAUUUGUGGAGACUGAUCACUUUAUACAUAACUACUUCUUACCUCAAGAAUAUGCCAUUUUGAUACCUGUAUUUGCUGGUAUGGCAUUGAUCUCACUGUUGUGUGUCUUUAUUGGGUUUGUGAUGCUAAAAUCAAAGAAGAAAAAAGCAUAGAGGGAGAGCAUUUUGCUUCAUAUUUUACCAAGUAUAUGUAGUCUGAUUUUUUUUCUUUUGAAGUGUGUUAAACAUUUAAGAUAUCAAUGAAGAUACCACCAGUUUUGACGUGAC